AUGACAGAAACCGAGCCGGAUGGCCGAAAGCUGCACAUCAGCGAGCAGCCUCUUACCUUCGGUAACUGGCACAAACAUGUCAACUGGGUCAACACCUCUCUCAUCUUGAUCGUGCCCUUCUUUGGCUGCAUCGCUGCAUUUAACACCGAGUUGCGAGCCGCCACUGCCGCUUGGGCCAUUCUCUAUUACUUCUGGACUGGCCUGGGUAUCACUGCUGGCUAUCAUCGUCUCUGGGCGCACCGCUCAUAUGAAGCCGGCCUUCCACUCAGAAUCUUCCUCGCAUGCGUCGGCGGUGGUGCAGUACAGGGCUCCAUUCGAUGGUGGAGCGCUAAGCACAGGGCACACCAUCGAUGGACCGAUACAGUCAAGGACCCAUACAGCGUUAUGAAGGGGGUGUGGUACUCGCACUUUAUGUGGAUGGUCUUGAAGCAGAAUCCCAAGAACCGUGGCCGAACGGAUAUUUCGGACUUGAACGAGGAUCCUAUCGUCGUUUGGCAGCACAAAAACUAUGGCACUGUGAUCCUCGUUUUUGGAAUGCUGUUUCCGAUGGUUGUGGCUGGACUGGGAUGGGGUGAUUGGAAAGGUGGUCUGAUCUAUGCCGGAAUCCUUCGGUUCUUGUUUGUCCAGCAGGCUACUUUCUGUGUCAAUUCUCUUGCUCAUUGGUUGGGUGAACAGCCUUUCGAUGAUAGAAACUCUCCUCGCGACCAUGUUGUUACCGCGCUGGUGACUCUGGGUGAAGGCUACCAUAACUUCCACCAUGAGUUCCCCUCCGACUACCGAAAUGCCAUCGAAUGGUGGCAGUACGAUCCCACCAAGUGGUCAAUCUGGGUGUGGAAGCAGCUCGGACUGGCAACUAAUCUGAAACAAUUCCGAGCAAAUGAGAUUGAAAAGGGCCGUGUACAACAACUCCAGAAGAAGGUCGAUCAGAAACGAGCCAAGCUUGACUGGGGUGUCCCUCUAGAGCAGCUCCCUGUCGUCGACUGGGACGACUUCAUCGCUGAAGUGCAAAGUGGUAAAGCUCUUGUGGCUAUUGCUGGCGUUGUUCACGAUGUAACCGACUUCAUCAAAGAGCACCCUGGUGGUAAAACCCUCAUCUCGUCGGCUGUCGGCAAAGAUGCCACUGCCAUCUUCAAUGGCGGUGUCUAUAGCCACUCCAACGCUGCGCACAACCUUCUUUCCACGAUGCGGGUCGGGGUAAUUCGAGGCGGUGGAGAAGUUGAGAUCUGGCGGAAGAGUGAAAAGCAGAUAUCAAGUCAAUACACAUAG